AUGCCAAGGCGGCAUCGAGAAGUUGUGCCAUGUUGGUGUGUGACUUUGUCCUUGCUGCUUGCUGUGCAUCUGCGUGGGGUAACGGAGAAGGGCUGGGUGUCUUCCGGUUGGCGACAGCAGUCUCUGGGCGUGGCAGCGCGCAUGUCUGCGAAGCGCCCCCAGAUCAUAGGCAAGGCAACCGGUUCGUCGGAAUCCAACGUCUAUGACAUUGUGGUUGUCGGGAGUGGUAUUGCCGGGUUGUCCGCUGCAGCGAUGCUUGCCAUGUAUGGCUACCGAGUCCUCAUUUGCGAGGCUCACGAACACCCUGGCGGUGCUGCCCACGGAUUCACUCGCAAGGUCAAAGGCGUCGGAACCUUUCGCUUCGACAGCGGGCCAUCCCUCUUCUCUGGUAUGAGCGCGCCCUCUGCAAAUCCGUUGCGGCAGGUUCUUGACUCCGUUGGUGAGACCCCCGAAUGGCUGCCCUACGAUCGCUGGAAGAUGUACCUGCCCGGUGACAAGCUCUUCGAUGUAGGUUCUGGUGAUGCCACCGCGUUUGGCCGAGAGCUCGCCCGCGCAAGUGGCAACGCCGCUGAGGCAGAGAUAUGGGACAGACUCCGCGCAGCCAACAAACCGCUCGGGGAGUUGAUUGCGGCCGUGCCGCCCAUCGCCCUGAGGGCGGACCUUGGAGCGGCGCAGACCCUGCUGCCGUACUUUGGGAGGAUGGAUCCUCUGUCUGGGCUAGCUAUGGUGAUGUCAGGCAUCAGCCCUUCAGCUCCAUUUUCGGAUGUACUGAAGGCAGGGCAGGUGCCCGAUUCUUCCUUGACCGGAUGGUUCUUCGACUUCUUGGCAUUCGCAUUGCAGGGCCUCCCUGCAAGUGCAACUCAAGCCGCAGGUGUCUCCUUCAUGAUGCGGGAGUUCUUUGCACCGGGAGCAGUCAUGGACUACCCUAAGGGAGGCUCCGGUGCACUGGUGGAUGCGCUGCUGCGUGCUGUUGAGAAGCGUGGUGGGGAGCUGAGGCUCCGGACGCGUGUUGAGAGGCUCACCGUCGACAAGACAGGUCGUUGCACUGGUGUCGAACUGAAAGGCGGUGAAGGUCUAGAAGCGCGUGUGGCCGUGCUGUGCAAUGCAGAUGUUUGGAACACUUCGUCGAAGCUGCUGCCGGAGGAAUGGCGCCCCAAGGUGAGAGGUUCGUCCCUGGACGUGGAGGGCGUGCCGAUGUGUCCGAGUUUCAUGCACCUGCACCUGGGCUUCCGAACUGAAGGAUUGGAUUUGGCAGCCAUGGGCGUCCACCACAUUACCGCUGCAGACCUGCAAGCACCGGUUGAUGCUACAGACAAUCUGGUUUUCAUCUCCAUUCCCAGUGCCAUCGACGACACCGCCGCGCCUAAGGGGUACGCUUGCCUACACGCCUACCUGCCAGCGACGGAGCCUUACGAUGCAUGGGCCGGGAUGGACCGGCGCUCAGAAGAGUACAAGCGCAAGAAAGAGGAGCGCGCCGCGCCACUCUGGAAAGCCGUCGAGCGUGUGAUCCCUGACAUACAGAGCCGACUUGUUGUCAGGAUGGUCGGCACGCCCUUGACACAUGAGCGGUUUCUGAACAGGCACAGAGGCACCUACGGCCCGGCUUACCGAGCUGGGAUUCAGAGCUACCCGUCGCCGCAGACACCUCUGGAAGGGCUUUGGUGCAUAGGCGAGGGAUCUUUCCCAGGGAUCGGGGUCCCUGCUGUUGCGGGGAAUGCUGCUGGAGUCGCCAACACCAUCGCACCCCUCGAGAUGCAUCAGAGGCUGCUCGACCGGUUGAGGAAGGCCGAGCUGCUCGUACCUGACCGCGAUUGGAAGUAG